AUGAAGAGAAAUUGGGAUGACGAUCGAGAAAUUGAGAACUUAGCCAUGGCCAACUGCAUGAUGCUCCUUAACCGCGUCGGCCGAUCAGAUUCCGGUAGGAUUUUCCAUUGCAAGACAUGCAACAAACAGUUCUCGUCGUUUCAAGCGCUCGGCGGCCACCGUACAAGCCACAAACGGCCUAAAUUAAACGAUGAAUCUCCGGCAAAGGCUAAGACACAUGAAUGUUCCAUUUGCGGAUUGGAGUUUGAGCUUGGGCAGGCGUUGGGUGGUCACAUGCGGAAGCACCGUGACAGUCUGGCGGCAGCGGAGAAGAUUUUUCCGAGGAAAAUGGCGGUGCCGGUGGUGGAGAAGGUUGACGGCGGCGGAAGAGGGUUGUGUUUGGAUUUGAAUUUGACACCCUUUCAGAACGAAAUCAAGAUUUGGAGUCGUAAUGGUAGAACGGCGGGAAUUGCUACUUAG